ACGUUUUCACUUUUUUCUGAUUAUUACUCUGCAGUAGCCUAAUCUAUAAAAAGAGGCCAAAAGAAGCACACACACAGUUGUCUCACUAAACCCACGAAAACAGAACUUCGGUCUUCUUCAUUUGUUUCAUUGUCCAGUUUGAUCCAUAAAAAUAAAUGAGUUCCAAUGGAGUUUCUUCAUCCAUCUCCAAAAGAUUGGCCGGAAAAGUGGCUUUGAUAACCGGCGGAGCAAGUGGAAUCGGCGAGUCGACGGUGAGGCUUUUCGUGGAGAAUGGAGCCAAAGUGGUGGUUGCCGAUGUCCAGGAUGACCUUGGCGCUGUUCUCUGCAAAGAGCUUGACGACACUGGCUUUAACGUUUCCUAUUUUCAUUGUGAUGUCACCGAUGAAUCUGAUAUCUCGAAUGCAGUUGACUACGCUGUCGAAAAGUAUGGAAAGCUCGACAUCAUGUUCAACAAUGCUGGCAUUCGCGGUGAUGUAGGCUCCACGACGUUAACUGCAGACAUGAAUGACUUCAGGAAAGUCUUUGAUGUCAACGUGUUCGGUAGUUUCAUGGGAGCUAAACAUGCCGCCAGAGUGAUGGCUCCAGCGAAGACAGGGUGCAUUCUUUUUACGUCAAGCAUGGCAUCGGUGAUAUGUAGUGGUAACGCACCGGCAUAUGCAGCGUCGAAGCACGCAAUCAUAGGACUGAUGAAGACGCUAGCAGUGGAAUUGGGGUCACAGGGAAUUAGAGUGAACGCUAUAUCACCGUACGCGACGGUGACGCCGAUGCUGGUGCCAUCGAGGAACGUGGAGGAGAAGAAGGCAAUGGAGGCCUUCAUUUCGUUAUCAGGGAACUUGCAAGGGGCAGUAAUGGAGGCUGAAGAUGUAGCCAAAGCAGCUCUAUAUUUAGGAAGUGAUGAGUCCAAAUAUGUGAGUGGAUUGAAUUUGGUGGUUGAUGGUGGCUUUAGUCUUACUAAUCCUAGCUUUGAAUUGAAUGCCAAAAUUUAUGCACAAUGAAUUUAGCUUUAUGUAAUCUCUUCAAACAUUUAAUCUAUCAUACCUUUUGUUUCUUUGA